CCGGCUACUCGGCUUCAUAUUAUGUUUGCCUUGUUAUCCGUCACGCGGUUCAUGUGUGUUUAAUUAUAUAAAUAUAAUAUAUUUUAUUCGUACCUACGAUAAAAAAAAAAAAAAAAACAAAAAACGAAACGAAAAUAUCAAGUUUAAAAUGUCGACCAUAUUUAUGGUUUGUUUGUUUUUGACAUGUUACGCGGCGAAAACGAUCGAAUCUGCUAAACUCCAAGCUUUGCCACUACGUAAGUAAUUGAAAAUAAUAUAAUUUAACGCCUUGAAUCAAAAAAUAAAAAAAACAACAACAUACUAUCUACAGGAUAAAAAUAAUGUAUGUAAUUUACGUAGUUGAUUAAAUAAAGGCAUUUUUAAAAUCCUCAAAAUGUUUGCUAAGUAUAUUGUGAAGUCCUAUAACGGCCAAUUAAAUAGCCCAAAAAUAGUACGUCAUGUUCAAUUAUUUCUGUUGACAAUAAUAGUACCAUUAUAUACUUACACUAGACUUUAAACAUUGAUAGAUUAUUCAAAAAUUUCGCAUGAAACAUUUUUUUAGGUAUUGAUACCGCAUUGAGGGUUAGAGGUAUAAAAAAUUUAAUAAAAGUUUAAAAAUAAGGACCACCCUCAUACUUAAGAGCGUUAUAGUCUUUUAAAAGUUGAUACACCACUACAAAUAUGUUUCUUGAAAAUAAAAUAUUAUUUUUUGUACCGUUACUGUUCUUUUAUUUUAUGUAGUUAUAUGUUAGAAAGUUGAAAAAAAAAAAAGAUACGGAUUUGAGCACGACAAUUGAGCCACUGUUGUUGGUGAGGAGUUGGGAAAAUAGAAUAUACAGAGGAAUUUAAUAAUAUAAUUUAAUAUAUCUGUAUACAAUGAUUAAUCUUUACAACGAAAAAUGAUUCUGAGGAGAGUUCGAUUAUACAUGUUUUAAAAAGCCGGAGGUAAUAUUUACGGUUUAAAAAUAAUACAAUUCGUAAAGUUUUCCGUUUUUCCUACGUUUUUUCCCAUUUAUUACGAAAACUCUCGGGAAAAUCAAAAAAAUAAGUUCUUUAAGUACUACCCCAGCCAGAUUUCCUUUCACAAAUAGUGCUACAUUUGAAAAUCGGAGUAAAAUUUCUGGUAGAAAAGUUAUUUACAAAAAAAAAUAAAAUUAGCCCCAUUAUAUAACCAACACAUUCCUCGUUUCGCUCAAAAUCUAAAAUGAAAUAUUAACUUUCGAUAUUUCAAAAUUGAAAGUUUUAUUUUGUAUAUUUCAUGCAUUUUUUUUUCCAUCUUUUGGUCAUUUUUCUAAUAAAAAGCCAUUUUUGGAUACAUUUUUAGAGAAGUGUUGAUAGUUUUUGUGGUUUUUUAUUUAAAUCAAAGUCGUUUUAAACAAAACUUUUAAAAAAUAACUGUUAAUAGUUUUAACAUUCUAACUUGUUCAAAAUUUAUUAAGCAUUUUUAUAAUGGUACACUGUACCACAUAAUAAAAAAAAACAGUUUCCCUUUAUUUCCUUUAUAGUUUAUUUCGAAUUAAGACGACUCACUCCAAUUGUAUAGCAAUAGUGACGAAUCACUCUUAUCGACUCGCCAACAAUAUAUUGUACACUAUUAAUAUUUAUUAUUGUCAUUGAUUAUAAAGCGCCUACCUACCGGUAAAAUAUCGCUGUGUUUUUCAAUUGUUCGGUAAAUACGGGUAUAGCUAAUAUUUAUCAUUAUGUUAAACAUGCAUUACCUAUCGUCGCAAUAAUAGCAGCGGCACAGUGGCGUGGCGACAAGAUUAUUUAGUAGCGGCACACACACACACACGUUUUUGAAGCGCCCACCGUCUAAAACUCUUACGCCAUUCACGUACAUUAAUCGAUUUUCUAAUUUUUAGGCUCCAUUAUUGUGUUCAACAAUGUUUAUCGGAAUUUCCACAGCCUGUGAAUAUCAAUUAUUUAUCGCGGCCAAUACCCAUACUUGGUAUAUACUACAUAAUAUUUUUAAUUUUCUAUUAUUAUUAAGAUAGCUUGGUAGUAAAAUUAAGCGCAGCAUAGCUCGGCAGAAAAUUAGAAACAGUGAGCACAUACAGCUUACUGGAUGAUUUCGUUGCGCAAUAAUAUUUACUUUAUCGUGUCAAUAACAGUCAUAUCACAAUAAUGCAACAGCUACAUGAUACAUGUGUAAAGCGUACUAGUACACCCAUUACUUAUGUAUCUAUAGUCUGUUAAUUUGCACAUUUUUAAUAAUUUUAUAUUUUGUUUUUUUUUUUGCAAUUUUACAGUAAAUAUAGAACUACCUAUCUUCCCGUUCAAAUUUCGUCCCUGAAUUAUGCUCUCAUUUUGCCAAUGCUGUGUGUCGAAAUAACCGUUAUUACUUAUUCGUAUAGUUAUGAACCAAUAAUAUGCAUAUAGGCAAUUAUCUAUGUUAUUUAUACAGACUAGUAUAUAAUGCGAGCAGGCAUGAAAUAAAUUCACAUGGUUGUCCUCAUUUCGAAUGAAUCAGAAAGAUAAAUUCGUAAAUUAUUUAGAAAUUAUAAAUAUUACGAGAUAUUAGUGUUCGAGUCACGGGUUACAUGCAGAAAUACCUACUAUGAUUACAAAGCAUUUUAUUUGCAACCAGUCCUAUGAUUUUUUUUAAAUUGUUACCUACCGUAAUACAAUUAAAGACAAUGAUGUGAAAAUAAUUUUAAGUUCCUUUAUAUUGAACAUGUAAGUUCGUAAAGCUCCCGCAGCUUAUUAGUUUCCAUUCAAUAAAGUUCACAUUGGCCUGCACAAAAUCGCAUAUACUAUUACAUUUUUUUUUUUCAUACAGUUAAAAAUAUGUCAAACAAUUUUAUUAAAAUAAACAAUUGGUAUUUAUAAAGAAAUUAUUUCUCAAAGGAGAAUUUUCAAAAUAGACUUAAAUUUAUCGUAAAGUCCUAUUCUGUAAUAUACUCUAGAUCGACUAUGCACAAAGAUCCCAAUUAUUUUGAUGGGCCAAACCACCAAAAUAUUGAUUAACAUUCAUUUCAUUAACAAAGUUUUAUUUCUAAAACCGAUUUCAAUGGCCUUUUCACUUUUCAUUUGUUUUGCAUGAUAAAUAAAUGUUUGCUAUCAGUUUGCUAUAUUUCCUAUCAGAACUGAGACAGCAACUGUGGUGAUCUCUUAUUAAUAUCAAGCCACUGACUGAGUAGACUAUUUAUUUACAUUAUUUUAUUUCGAACAAUCAAAUAGUUCAUUAAUAUAAAAACGCAUAAAAAAAAAAAAAAAAAAAAAAAAAAACGUAAUUACUUAAUAAAAUAUUAUAUCAUUGAUUCAUUUGAUCUCGACCUUGUAGUAAUUAAUAUAUUUUGUAAACAGAUUUAUAAUAAUAAUACUUAUUUUUGAUUAUUUGAUAAUAAAAAAUACAGUAUUAUGUUUUACGAUUGUUAUCGAAGGGCAAAUUCAUAUAAUAAUAAUGUAGGAAAAUUCAUGAAAAAUGUAUUAUUAAUUAUAAUUGAGAUCCUUGGAAAUAAAAAAAAAAUGUGUGUAUAUAUAUAUGUUUAUUAUUAGAUAUAAUAUUAAUGCUGUGCAUUUAAUUCAAAACAAUGACAUGAAUAAUAUUCCGAAAAAAUAACGGAUCUACUUGAAAAAACUUACAGUGUAGGGUAGUAGGGUAAUAGUAGUACAGAAAUAGUAUAAAAAAAAUUCUUUAAGUUACAUUUUGAAUUUUUUUUUCUCAUUUUGUUUUUCGAAUAUUUGUAGCGUUUAUUAAGCUAUUAAGUAUAUCGAAUUUGAAUUUCCAUAAUAUAAAGCCUGGGUCACAUUAUCAAAGAUUUUAGAACCAUUGUACCCUGUGCAACUGCAACGAAUAUUUGGAAGGCUCUGUAGGCGUUUAUCGGUCUAUUGUACACGGUACGCCUAUUUAGAAAAAAUAAAUCGCCUGUAUAAUCUAUUAUACGUAUAAUGUGAUCUUUUUAAAUUUCUAUAAAACACGUAGGUUACCUACUAUAGGGUCGAAACCAAUUUAAAAACAUAUGUUAUAUUGGAAUAAUGAAACUAUAUACACUGUUAUAAUAUUUUAUAUUUAAUCAGUGGCGUAUUAAUUUACUUAGUUUCUAUCAAAUAUUUACAAAAUUAUGCAUUUUUUUAAUUUAAACCAAAAUCGCGACCUUUAGUAUUAUUCAAUAUAACCACGAUAUGAAUAAAACGAUGUAAGAUUGAGUUUGUCAUUGAGUCGUAAUCUGACGAGCAUAAGAUUCAGCGGGAUAUCCGCUAUGAAGGUCUACGUUUUAGACUUGCAUACCGGUCUCCUCUCUUUUGAUACAGAAUAUAUACAAUAAAAUAAUAAUUGUCACUUAUUAUUACUUUUUUUCGUUUUAUCGUUUUAUGGUGACGGUAAAUUAAAAUAAAAAUCUGGCCUGUAACGUGCGAAUGUUUAGUUACACCGUAUACACAUAAUAGACGAAUUUUCUUUAGAUAUAGUGUAUAGUAUAUUAGAUCCAAAAAUAAAUUAACUUAACUUUAUACUAAAGACACCUACACUGUAUUAGUAGUAUACUGCAGACACUAUAUAACAUAUUAAACGAUUAUUAUAUUGAACGUCACUAUUUGCACGACUAAUAUUUACAAAUUGAUUUGUUACCAAACUGUAAUGCUCGUAUCACAAUUUAAUAAAAAUGUUAAAUGAAGGAGUAUAGUUAUUUUAUACCGCACGUUUCUUUCCCGACGCAAAAUUCCGGUUUUUUUUUUUUCUUCUAAUUUAGGAACUCGUAUAGAUAUAUUUAAUUUUUUUUUUCUAUUUAUUAUUUUAUAAUUUUACUCUCAACUGUAUAAUCUAUUUAUAAUGAAUAUAUUGCGCAAAAAUUAAUUUGAACUUUCAGUUUAAAUAGACGUACCCUAUUAUACUACAAUCGUAAAGUCAUAAGUCAUAACAUUAUGUAAAUAAAUUUCGAAACGAUAAUCUCGUUCAUUUUAAUAGAAUCCGCCCAAUUACAGCCCAAUUACGCCCGCUAUUAUUUCAAUAUGAUAUGCAAAACACACUCGUUUUAAACUUUUUAUAAUUCCUAAAUUUAAAAAAAAAAAAAUUAAAAAUCAAGUACAAUAAAUUAAAUUACAGUUUCGGAACCGAAGCAGCGUUUAAUUACGACACAAUAUUAUAAAUAUUAUUACGAGUAUUAUUAUUACUGUUCGAUGAAGGUUAAAUUUCAAUAUAUAGCACUGUUUUGAAAGUAGAUAAAUAUUUUACAAGAAUUAUGAAACUCAUAUUUAAAUAACUACAGCCAUAGUAUAGUACAGUUCAUAUUAUAUUUAAUUUUCUAAAAGGGAUUUCGGGUUUAAUCGCUUUCAUAAUUUUGACAUAGAUGUAUUUUAUUUAUUGAUGCUUAAUAUUAUAUAAACACGAAUUUAUUUAAUUAUAAUAUACUUAACUAAUAAUCUACGCGAUAAUAAUAUUUUAUUGUAAGUUAAUUGAAUAAUUUUAUGAGGCGAUUUCAAAUUCGAAUUAUACUGAAUCAUAAGGUAUUUUGGGCUACCUGUAUAAAACUAAUUUAUAUUAUGCACCUACAUUUAUAUAUUAUUAUUAUAUGUUACACAAAACAUUUUCAACUAUAUUUAUAAAAAGUAAUAUGAAAUAUUAUUAUGACAUUGACACGUUUUGAAAAUACCGAUAGUUGUAUUUGAGUACAGUUGCAGAAGGCCACCACAAUGAUAUAAUAUAUUAAAUUUUAAACUCAAAAUAUAAACUAUAUAACUAUUAUAACUGUCCUGCCCAGCGUUACCCAUGCCAAUUAAAAAUCUCUUUUUAUACGACUUACAAAUCCUUUCAAAAAACACAAAUCAAUAUAAUAAAUUUAAUUUAAAGUGUCUCUGUGUUUCGACGCUCCUCUUUAUAACAGUAUUCCUAACCGUCGUCUCUUUGUAAUUCAUUUUUUUUUAAACGAUAUUUCUUUACCUAUGAUCAUCAAUUUGAUUAAUAAUAACUGUUUUAUUUUAUUUUUUUGAAUUUGAUCUGUAUGAUACAAUGUAAGCCAGAAAUAAAAACAUAGAAAAUCCCUCAUAAUACUAAAAAUUAUUAUUAUUAUAUAAUUAUAACUCCAUUGCAAUCUGAAAAUCUGGCUAUGAGGUGUACACGGAAUCAUUUGUCUGGUUUUGCAUAAAUACUUUAAGACCUAUAGGUGCGAUAGAUUUGACUGUAGUUCACACUCGAACACACAUGCACACACACAAAAAUAUACAAACAUAUAAUAUUACGUACCCACAAGAUUUCUAAAUUUUGUUCGCGUAUUAUCGAAUAUGAAUCCGUUUUUUAGAAUCGGUGGAUCUCGAUAUGUUCUUUGCCUCGACACAACAAGUAAUCGAUUUUUUUUUUCGUCAUGAAAGUUACUUACAGAUUUCGACUUUUAUUUUAAUGUUUACAGCGUCGUAUAUCGGGAAGGGAUGUCUGAGAGACGACCCGAACUUGGACGAAUGCGUCGUGCGCAAAGGAGCGCCGGUAAUCGAAAGAAUAGUUAAAGGCGAUCCCAAGUACCGGAUACCGAAGUUAGACCCUCUGAUCAUACCGGAAAUGACAAUUAAGCAAGGAACGAAACAAGUGGGCCUUGUCAUGAAAUGCAAAAAUUGCCAGCUGCAUGGACUGAAAAACACGAAAUUUGUUAAAGCUAGGUGUGUAUUUGUGUAGUGUUAAUACUAUAACCCAAUUACUGUAUUUACUGGGCUUAAAUAUGUCGUUCAUUUGUUUGAGAAGUUAGCUGAUUGUUAGAACGAAUGUGUCUAUAAAGGUAAAUUUAAACUCAAUAUUCUAUACUAAAAUCUUGAAACUAUUUUCAGUCCGGAAAAUUAGAUAAUUUUGGGAAAUAUAUUUAGAAAAAUCGGGUAAAAAAUAUCCAUUAAACCAACAUAAAUCGGAUUUAAAUAAAUAAAAAAAAAAGUUUGAAGAAACGAAACAAAAGAAAUAACCGAUUUUGCUGAUGGAUGACUGUUGUAGAUGGGAAAUUGGGAAAGUAGAAUAAAUAAAGUUAUUUAAUAUAUUAAUAAUAUAUCUUUAAUUUAAUAUAUCUAUAAGCAAAAGUAAACCAUUGCUAACGGAAAACGAAUCUGGACUAAGCUCUGUAUACUGAUACAUGAUUUUUGAUUCUCAACAAAAUUUUAUCUUAAAACUAUUAUCAGAAAAAAUUACUACAUUACACUCUAUAUUUUUUUUAACUAAUAAAUACGACUUAUAAUAAACUUCCUGUUAAAUUUUCAAUCAUUUCUUUUUGUUCAAACGAUUAAAUCAACAAUAGAUCCUUCGCUACGCUCAGAAUUUAAAAAUUAGACAUAGGUAUUUACCGGUUAAUUUAAAUUAAAAGUCCUAAACAAUCUUUAAACAUUUAAAAUAAAAUUAUGAUUUGCCUGAACGACACACAUAAAUUUCUUGCAAACAAUUAAACUAUUCUAUAGGUAUUUCGCUCAAAUGAAAGCCUCCCCGUUUAAUAAUAUUAUUUUAUCGCAUUCACGCGGUGAAACGCAUGAUUUUUUGAAUGUAUAAUGUUGGAAUAUUAGAUAUACCUACACACUACCACAGCAAUAAAAAUAAUUUCACUUUAUAACGUUUAAAGCACUAUAACGUCUAUACCUAUUUAAAUAAUCUCCUUCUCCCAUCCAAUUCCAAUCAUUAUAAUACUAUGCUUACUAAACUAAUCGCUAGCACAGGUUAAGGGAAAAGGAACGGCACGUUGAAUGGGAUUUUGAACUGGAACGGUGUAUGUUCUUGGGACAGUAUUCGAUCGAGGGACAAGUGCUGAUAUUACCGAUUAAAGGUGACGGAGACGCGAACAUUACAGUCAGUAAGUAUAAGCCUCCGAGUAAAUAUAAAUAGCCUAAAACAUUGUAAUAUACAAGAUGCCAUCCGAAUAUGUACCCAUUUUACAUACCAUAUCAAUGGCUUCGCGAGAUACCUUGUAUAGUCUGCUAGUUUCCGGCGGAAACUAUAUAUAUAUUAUAAUAUUUGUUUACUAGCGAACUUGUGUUUUUCUUUUAUAUUAUGUGACCUUAACAACACAGCCGAUAUCACUUUCACGUACGUAUACGACUAUAAACUGAACAAAAAGGAAAACGAAAAGGACUACGUGGAGAUCACAAAUAGCUACUUGAAUUUCAACGCUAAAGGAAUGGUAUUGAAACUGGACAAUUUGUUCAACGGUGACAAACUUUUGGGUGAGUGCACAUGUUAAAAUAAUAAAUUCUAAAACUUUAAUGUAAUAAAUAAUAAAAAUAAUAAUUGAUUUGAAAGAAAAAAAAGAAAAUUAGAAAACUGCCUGACAUAUUAUUGAAAUUAUUAUUAUUAGGUAUAUGCUAUAAUUUAAGGAGUGGAAGCAGCUGUUGUAUGCGUGUUAUCGAAUAAAUGUUUACAAGUUUUAUUUCGUUAAAUUCUUUUGUUUUUAUUUUUUUGUAAAAUUAAAAAAAAAAAAAAUUUAAAGUUUUUAAUCAAUUUAGUUAACGGUCUAUAGGUAUAUAUUUUAAAUUGUGAAUAAAGCGAGGAAGCAAGUAGUGCUAUUCUAUUAAAACGUGUUUUUUCUUGAAAAACGCUUUUUUGGUUAGUAAAAACUAAAAUUUCUUCAACUAUUUCUCACCUUAUGUGAUGGAUUUUUCUCCAGAUAUGAUAUUUUAUUUGAAACCCGAAUCGUUAUCAUUACGUAAAAUCGUUUUAGUUCGUAUAUUAUUAUGAUAGCGGUCCAGCAGUAUAAAUCUAUUAACUUUGCUGAUUCGUUUUCAGCGUACCUAUAAAUGGUAAAAUUUAACGAAAUUACAGCCGCGAUUGUAAAUUUGGUGUAUUUAUUCUUAAUAGUCAUAAGUCCUGAUUAUACCUGGUCACACCAUUGUUGUAUAAGUCAUCUCAAGGGUCUUUUUUAUCCAGUUUCCAUUUAUAUUGACCUAUAUUGAAAACAGUUUGCUAGAUGAAGUGGUUUUUUUUUCCGGUUAUUUUCAGUUAUUAUGAAAACUACUGAUAAAAUCAUCUCCUCGAUGACCAACUAGAUCCAAAGUGCUACAAAAAUGUCUAGUAGUUUUUUGAUUGGAGUACAAUUUUUAGUAAAAACAGUUGUUUACAGGUAGAAAAAAAAUCACAUAAAAGUAAAAGGAAUACAUCCCUCGUUCUGCUCAGAAUCUAAAAAUACACACGUCAUAGUAUAACCAAUUUACGUUUAAAAUUUAAAGUAAAAAUAAAGGAACGUGUUUCUUUUUUAAGAAACGAUAAACCUUUUUAUUUAAGAAAUGAGUUCCUUUUUUUUACAGUAAGAACGAGAAUUCCUUUGUAAAUAAAAUUUUCCCAAAACUGGUCCAAUUCUAAUAGAUGCUUAAAAUCCUUCACUAUUUCAAGUUUCCAAUACUAUCUAUCACACAAUUAUAGUUUCGUUUCAUUGUGGUCACAGUAAGUGUUGUGUUUGAUCUAGUUAAAUUAUUUAUAUAGGUAAAUUUGUAUCUUUCAUCUUAUUUAGAUAAACGAAAAAUAUGUUAUUUAUGAUAAAUAAUUGGAUCGUGUAGGUAAAUUUAUUCAGAUAAAUCGUUUUAAGUCGGAAUUUUGAUAUUUAUUAAAAAUAAUAAAACAAAUAUUUAAUUUACAAUAAUACGGUUUAAGAAAUUAGUUAAAUAUUAAUUGAUGUAACUUAAGUUACAUUAAUUGACAAUCACACAAUCUUUAUGAAAUAUGUAAGUCUACCAAAUCUGGUACGCUUUUAAUUCGUUUAGCACGUAGUUUUAUGAAAGUAAUGAAAACAAUUUUUGUUUCUAGAUCAUUAUUUUAGCAAUUAUUUCUAAUCUUAAUCUAGAUAUUUUAAAAUUUAUCUAUGUGACGAUACCUUAGGUUUAGAUAGGUUUAUAAUUAAUGUACAUUAAUAUAAUAUUGAAUAUUCUGUUCUAAGAACUAUACUUAAUAGCGUAUGGGUAUGUAAUAAAACCGUAUACAGAUUAACGUUAUGUGGUCACAAACAAAUUUGAUCACCAACAGAUAUUAAGUAUUAGCCUAUUACUUCUAUUAUUACCGUUACUAUAUAGUGUACGAAGGUGAAAUACAAGUCGACCUUGAAUCGGGAAACUUACAGCAACAUCAUAAAAUGAAUAUUCUUUGAAACUUCGUGGAUAGGUAUAUUAUAAACGAGCUGAUAUCGCUGUAAUAAACUCGAGGCAUUUAAAUUAUAGAUUCGUGUAAUAAAUAUAAGAUACGUUUAAUGUUACUUAAGUUAGUGAUUGACUCAUACCACUUAGUUAAAAAAAACAUAUUUCAGAUUAUAUACCAGUCACUUAUAUGUUUCGUUUUUGUAGAAUAUCGAAUACGGUCAGGAGUUCAGGACUUAUAGGGCGCCCGUACACAGAGUGUCCUACUAUGUUAUCCAAAUGCUAAUAACUAUGUUCAUUUUUUUUUCCAAUCGAGGUUUUUAUCGGGGGGUAAAGAAAAAUAACGUUUUAUUUUUCAGCGAUUUAGAGAUGAAAAUAAAAAUUUGAUUUUUCUCUAAAUUUGUGCCCCUCCGACAUAAAACCCGAUUGAAUUUUUUUUUUUUUUUUAACCGCUAUUGAUUAUUAAAUUAUUAUUAAUUAAAACACCGAAAAAUCAAUAUAAAAAGUUGACCGAAAAAAAUAAUGGUCAAUAUAAUAAUCAAAAUACAAUUUCGCGUAUUAGUUCUACAUAGUAUGGAACAAAUGUUUAGCUAACGUAGCUUAUUCAUGUUGGACUUGUAGUAAUGAAAAUCAAAUGUCUACAAUAUCUGAAUUAUAACUUAUAAAUAUGUAGGUGGCGAGAAUACGCAGGGAAGUAACACUGUAUUCUCUGCUUCCCAAUAUUACCUGUGACCACAAAUACGCAACCAGAAAAUGUACAAUUCACACUGCACGUUUUUCAAAAUAGUAUAUAUUAUAAAAUAUAAACUAUAGUAGUAUAAAUUUCAAUAUAUUCUUUCUCGAAAUAUUUUUCACGAAAAACUCUAGUAAAUUGUAAAUAUAUUGUUGUGCGAUUUCCUUCGGAACCAAUCCACCACCCCAUUCCAAGCAAACUAUAGUGGCACCUAAUGUACUAUGCACUAUGCAGUAUUUACUAAAUACCCUUUGACGUGGUUAUUUCGAUUGAUAUUUUUCCUAUAAUAUUUUAUUGUUUUACACAGGUGAUAACAUGAAUAUUUUCUUGAACGAAAACUGGAAAGAUUUACUGAAAGAGUUCGGGCCACCCAUCGGCGACGCGCUCGGCACGAUCAUGAAGAAUACGCUAGAAUCGGUAUCUGAACUGGUACCAUAUGACUUUAUUUUCCCACUAAGUUAAUGAGUGACGGUGUAUACAAAGUAUACACUAAACAGAAUAUACAAUAUAUACAUACAUAUAUACACCAAGUCAACGCAACAAAUGACUGCGUUAGAUUAAAAUGAUUGCCUUAUUAUUAUGCGUAUAAUUAUAAAAUACUCUAUAUUGGUAGAUUUCUUUUUUUAGUCCUCUAAAUCUCCUGAUAAAAAUACAAAGCUGAGCAUGAUAACCAAUUUGUUAUAACUAUUUUAAGUUAAAGUAUCCUAAAAAAAAAAAAAAAAAUGAUUAAAUAAGUUAAAGUUAAUGUUGUUAAUAUAAAUUCAUUUUAGAAAUUAAGUUAACCCUAUCAGACCUGGAAUUAAAUUUUUUCGUUUAUAAAUAUCCAAUAAUAGGUUGCUAAAUAAAAUAAAACAAUUUUGUUUUCACUAAAUUUAUCAAUACGUUAUUUGCUUGUCUUCUGUUGAGGACAUCAGUCAUUUACAGAGUUAAAAUAAUAUAACAACCAUUAUAAUUUAUGAUUUUGUAAACUGCAUUAUCUUUGGAUAAUAUGGCAUGCAUAAGAUAAACAAAUUUUAAAUCGUGAUACGUAUAAUUUAAAGUAAAGCCAUUUCACGGGACUUCGGGUCUGCAACGGUUAAGUGACAAAUUUUCAGGGAAAUAAUAACUUAAAUUAAAAGUUACCUAAUAUAUUAAUGGACGUAUUUUGUAAAAUAACAUAAGUUGCUAAAAAUUCUUAACUAAAGUUCACUUUUAACUUUUUAACUAAGUAUUUACUGCUCAUCUUUGAAAAUAUAUCCAUCACUAUAUUUUCCUAUCUUAUCCACAUACACUCAUAAUAAAUGUGUAUUUUGAUUAAUUUACAUACCUUUUCAAUAAUCACUACAGGCUAUAAUACAAGUAUAUUCUUAAUAUUAUACUAUGUACCUUAUAUUUAUUUUCUUACGACCAUAAAAUAGUAAAUAUCCAAAGAUAUAUUGUGUUUAAUUAGAUUUUUUUUUUUUUUUCGUUAUACUGGAUUUUUAUUUUUUUAUACCUAUAUUUACUGUCUUACUGAUAUAAAUUUAUUAUUCUAUACUAGAAUAGGUACUUUUGAUUCUACAAGUUCCUUGCAUCAUUAUUAAUCUGUAUAUUUUAUUAUUCUUAUUUUCAAAUGUAUGUAAAAUAUAAGAGUAUUGUUAUAGUAGGUAAUGGUAUCAUAUGGUAGGUUAUAGUUAGUAGUUUUAUUGAGUUGUAUUAAGUACUGUUAUUUUAUAAUAAAUGAAUAACAAUAAUAUUGUUGAUAUUAUUUAGAUUAAAUACCUAAUAACAAAUGUAUACAAAGAAUAAUAUUUUUAAGUAGGU